UCUAAACGUACUCCAUGGUGGCCCCUUAGAUGGAAUGAUGCCGACUUAAUCGAGAAGAAUAUGCAUGAUUUGGGCUUCCAGACGUGGGGUAUUGUUAUCUACCGUUGCACUUACAAGAGCGACUCUGACUGGGAAGAAUUCUUGUCUCGCUUUCUCCACAAGGUUCGGACGUCACUAAAAUCUUACGAUGGUCUGGACUUGCUUGAUUCCUUCAGGCCGACAGUGAUGGACGACAAGACACAGUUCGACGGGGUGACUCCGAACAGUGUACGGGAUCAUUUCAAUAGGUGGUCUGCUACCGCGUGUGAAGCUGAGCAAGGAGUUCCACUUACUGACUACCGGUGGCAUUCCACGGCACGGUACGGACUUUGCAUCAUGGUGGAUGAGGAAUCUUUGAGGUCUGUUCUGGACAUCCCGCUUGAGUCGUUGAAUAAAUGGAAUAACAGCGGAUUCGUGAUUCUUGUUAAUGGUAGGCAUGAGGUGGACCGGGCUAGUAUAGAGGAAUCUGAUGAGAAGAUAGAGGAUGAUGACUAUGAGCCUUUACAUGGAUGCACAUAUGAAGAUGUUGGCUGGAUGAAGGUGUGCUAUGAUAUGGCUCAAGUAUAUGCUUGCGCUCAUUUGGGAGCAAGCUCUUGGUGGGAGGAGGACUAUAGACGGCCUCCUGAAAUU